CCGCGACGAGGUCCACUGUCAUCAAUGUUAUGUCACGGAGUUCCAUAUGAGUCGUUACUCCAACUGUAGGCCGCAAAAGAGCUGGGCAUCCUAGGGCUGAAUGCAGAAGACAGUGGCUGUCCUGGGAGGGGGGAUAGGGGGCCUGUCUGCCUGCUUCCACCUCAGCAAGUGCCCCCAGGUCUCCAAGAUAGUGCUGCUGGAGGGGGAUGGACGGUUCGGAGGCUGGCUGAGCUCAACUCGUAGGGAGGAUGGAGCUGUGUUUGAACAUGGACCUAGAGGGAUACGACCUGCAGGAGCCGUGGGCCGAAACACACUCAACAUGGUGGAAGAGUUGGGGCUGGAGAGCGAGGUCCUCCCAGUCACCUAUGAUCACGUGGCCUCUAAGAACCGUUACCUCUACAUGGGAGGCCAGCUACACAAGAUGCCUUCUGGCUUAGGUGGAGUAGUGCGUACAGUCCCUCCGUUCUCUCGUCCUCUGGUCCAGAGCGUACUGAAGGAGAUACUGGUCAGCAGAGGGAAGGAGGAGGAUGAGUCUGUUCAUUCCUUCGUGUCGAGAAGGCUGGGCACUGAGCUUGCAGACAUCGCCAUCGACAGCCUGUGCAGGGGAGUGUUUGCAGGGGACUGCAGGAAGCUGAGUGUGCGCUCUUGUCUCCCGCCCCUCUACAAUGCAGAGAAGGCCAGAGGUUCCAUCGUCCUGGGCAUGUUGCUGGGCUCAGGCCCUGGACCAGACGUACCCCCGUCUGACCUGGCCAAGAGGGCCGCUCAGGAGAACUGGGCCCAGUGGUCCCUGAAGAGGGGCUUACAGAACCUUCCAGAAGCCCUGGAGGAGAGGAUGAGGAAUGGGGGACGUGUAGAGGUGCACAGAGACACCCCUGUGAGGGGGCUAAGUACUAAUGGCACCGGCUGGGAGAUUCAACUGGAGGACGGCACCAUCAAAGCUGAUCAUGUCAUUGCUGCUCUACCCGCAAAAGCUCUGGCCUCAGCACUGCCCUCUGCUGCACAGCCCCUGUCACAGCAGCUACGGGAGAUUGCCACGGUGACCGUUGCCGUGGUAAACCUGGAGUACGAGGGUUCCGUCCUGCCUGUCACGGGCUUUGGCCACCUGGUGCCAUCCUCAGAAGACAGAGGGCUCCUAGGGGUGGUCUACGACUCUGUACCCUUCCCCCAGCACAACCGCACUGGAGGACCCACCACCAGACUAACAGUGAUGAUGGGCGGGGCCUGGUUCCAGGAAGUGUUUGGGAAUCCAGAGGAAGUGACAGAGCAGCUCCUCCUGGAGAGGGCCACUCAGGCCGUGACAUCACACCUGGGCGUUACCACACCACCUAUCUGGAGCGUCGUUGCACUACUCAAGGACUGCAUUCCUCAAUAUUACCUUGGACACUGGAAACGACUUGAAAAUAUGAGACAAUACAUCAAAGACCACAAUCUACCCCUUAGUCUGGCCGGGUCCUCUUAUGAUGGCGUCUCGGUCAAUGAUGUAAUCUUCAGUGGACAGACGGCAGCAGAGGGCCUUGUGGGAAAAGUCUAACCGGAUGUUCAGGUUCCAACCAUGGAUAUCAGCUAAUAUUGUGAAAGAGAUCAUGUUUUUUUCCUCAUCACAUUGCUUUCUACAUUAGUUUUGCUUUUACUGUACAUACAACUUACUAGUCACCCUCUGCAUUUAAGCCUUCUGCAAAGGGAUGUCAUUUUCGCACAAUAUUCCUGAUUUAUAAGCAGCAUAUUUAAGAAGUUUUCCAUUUCCAUCUCAUUUGGACAAAGCACAGCUUGAACCACCAGAGAUGAUUCUAUCAGAUACAAACCUCUGUCAGAGACAUCACCACUAGCCUGAAAAACACAGGUAACCCACAGAACAGUUCUCAUUGUAAUAAGAUCAUCUCGUUUUUGAAAUAGAGUGCUGGAUGAAAGUCAUAUGUACUCACUACGUAAAAUGUAACCACAAUCGGAACUGUUUUAGGGUGAUCUGUCCCCGUAAGCUUCAAGGAUUACAUUUUCAACGCAGUAGUUCAGAAUGUAGAGUAACUUUUUUAAUUCAGGAUGAGAUUUCAUAUUUUAGUUAUGGUGCCUUUUUGCUAACAGAAAUAAUAAUAUAAUAAUAAUAAUAAUAUGCCAUUUAGCAGACGCUUUUAUCCAAAGCGACUUACAGUCAUGCGUGCAUACAUUUUUUGUGUAUGGGUGGUCCCGGGGAUCCACCCCUUCAUGAAUGUACAGGCAUAUUUGAUGUGGGAGACAUGUUAAAGAUGUGAUAAUCAGUGUUGUGUAUAUCCCUACUCCAUUGUGUCUGCUCAGGUGUUAUGAAGUAACCUCAUGUAAUGCAAUUGUAAUUUCCGGCCAUCUGUUUUUUACCCUAUCCUUUUUGUGAAUAUAGCAGACAAAAAUCCAUUCUUAUUAUGGUAAAGAAUGUGCGCAUAUGUUUCAUCACCGUGGUAACAGAUCUGCACAGACUCUGAUGUGAUGAUCUCGAUAUGGUGAUCAAUCUUGUAUUUGGAAUCUAAUUUAUAGUUUAAGUACAGUGGCAAGGGGAUGGUUUGAUAAUGUAUUUUUAUACACAUGUUUAUUAAAUGAAACUUUAUUAUUUGGAGAAUGUUGCAGAGCAAUAAAUAUGAUGCUUUAUCA